UCAACAACAAUUGAUGUGCAUUGCAUUCAGAGUGGUACACUAGCAAUUUGUGAGGUACCAAAUGAACUCAAAAACGAACUGCAACAAUUUCGCUUCAGUAAAAGUCGCAAUACGAAUGCACUUAUUCUGAAAAUCGACCGGAACGACCAGAAACUGUUGAUUGAUGAGCGACUUGAAGAUUGCACCAUUGAGGAGAUUUGUGAUGAAUUACCAUCGCAACAACCCAGAUAUAUUCUCAUCAGUUACAAACUAACACAUUCGGAUGGUCGUGAGUCGUUCCCGCUAUGUCUCAUUUUCUACACACCUUCAGAUUGCUGUCCAGAUGUGCAGAUGCUGUAUGCUGGCAGUAGGAACAAUCUGGUGAGGGAGUGUCAACUGACAAGGAGUAUCGAAAUACGUGAAGUUGAAGAGCUGACGCAAGAAUUACUUGACUCUAAGAUGAACUGA